AUGAAGACCUUCUUGGUUGUCAUCCUCGCUGUCCUGGCUGUCUGCCCUUCGGCUUUCGGCACACAAUGCAAUGUAAACCCGGUCAAUAUACCAAAAAAUUGGAUCACGAUGACUCAUGGCUGCCGUGACAGUGUUCGUCGUCAAAUACAGCUUGAAGUGGCUGCGUCGGUUCAGUACCUGGCUAUGGGAGCCUACUUCUCAAAGGAUAGCGUGAACAGGCCAGGUUUCGCUAAGCUGUUCUUCGACGCCAGUUCUGAAGAACGGGAGCAUGCUAUGAAGCUGAUUGAAUAUCUGCUGAUGAGAGGAGAACUUACUAACAGUGUGUCUUCGCUUAUCACUAUUAGGCCCCCAGAACACAAGCACUGGGUCAGCGGCCAGGAAGCUCUAGAGCAUGCCUUGAAGAUGGAGACAGAAGUCACAAAGGCCAUCAAGAAUGUUAUCAUCAAGUGUGAGAACGAUAGAGACGGUACCGGGGAAGGAAACAAUGAUUAUCAUCUUGUUGAUUACUUGACCGGAGAGUUCCUUGAAGAGCAGUACAAGGGCCAGAGGGACCUCGCUGGUAAAGCCAGCACCCUCAAGAAGAUGAUGGACCGCCACUCAGCACUCGGAGAGUUCAUCUUUGAUAAGAAACUCCUUGGUAUCGACAUCUAA